AAGGCAUUCAUGAGAGUUAAUGGACCACUGACAAUUAGGGAUGUAACUGUAGAAUUCUCUCUGGAGGAGUGGCAAUGCCUGGACAUUGUUCAGCAGAAUUUAUAUAGGGAUGUGAUGUUAGAGAACUACAGAAACCUGGUCUUCCUGGGUAUUGCUGUCUCUAAGCCAGACCUGAUCACCUGUCUGAAGCAAGGAAAAGAGCCCUGGAAUAUGAAGAGACAUGAGAUGGUAGCCAAACCCCCAGUUAUGUGUUUUCAUAUUGCUGAAGACCUUUGCCCAGAGCAAGACAUAAAAUAUUUUUUCCAAAAAGUCAUACUGAGGAGAUAUGAUAAAUGCGAACAUGAGAAUUUACAAUUAAGACAGGGCUGUAAAAGUGUGGAUGAGUGUAAGGUGUGCAAAGGAGGUUAUAAUGGACCUAAUCAAUGUCUGAUAACUACCCAGAGCAAAAUAUAUCAGUGUGAUAAAUAUGUAAAAGUCUUUUAUAAAUUUUCAAAUUCAGAUAGACAUAAGAUAAGACAUACUACAAAGAAAACUUGCAAAUGUAAAGAACGUGGCAAAUCAUUUUGCAUGCUUUCACAACUGACUCGACAUAAGAGAAUUCAUAUUAGAGAGAAUUCCCACAAAUGUGAAGAAUGUGGCAAAACCUUUAACCAGUCCUCAGCUCUUACUCGACUUAAGAUGACUCAUACUGGAGAGAAACCCUACAAAUGUGAAGAGUGUGGCAAAGCUUUUAACCGGUCUUCACACCUUACUCAACAUAAGAUAAUUCAUACUAGAGAGAAACCCUACAAAUGUGAAGAGUGUGGCAAAGCCUUUAACCGGUCUUCACACAUUAUUCAACGUAAGAGAAUUCAGAAUAGAGAGAAGCCCUUCAGAUGUGAUGAAUGUUGCAAAGCCUUUAAGUGGUCCUCAGCUCUUACUAUCCUUACUCAACAUAAGAGAAUUCAUACUGGAGAGAAACCCUACAAAUGUGAAGAGUGUGGCAAAGUCUUUAACCAGUUCGUAAACCUUACUACACAUAAGAGAAUUCAUACUGGAGAGAAACCCUACAAAUGUGAAGAAUGUGGCAAAGCCUUUAACCAGUCCUCAGCCCUUACUCGACAUAAGAUGAUUCACACUGGAGAGAAACCCUACAAAUGUGAAGAGUGUGGAAAAGCCUUUAACCGGUCUUCACACCUUACUAAACAUAAGAGAAUUCAUACUAGAGAGAAGGCCUACAAAUGUGAUGAAUAUUGCAAAGCCUUUAACUGGUCUUCAGCUCUUAAUACCCUUACUCAACAUAAGAUAAUUCAUACUAGAGAGAAACCCUACAAAUGCAAAGAGUGUGGCAAAGCCUUUAACCAGUCUUCAUACCUUAUUCGACAUAAGAUAAUUCAUACUGGAGAGAAACCCUACAAAUGUGAAGAGUGUGGCAAAGCCUUUAACCGGUCUUCACACAUUAUUCAACGUAAGAGAAUUCAUAAUAGAGAGAAGCCCUUCAGAUGUGAUGAAUGUUGCAAAGCCUUUAAGUGGUCCUCAGCUCUUACUAUCCUUACUCAACAUAAGAGAAUUCAUACUGGAGAGAAACCCUACAAAUGUGAAGAGUGUGGCAAAGUCUUUAACCAGUUCGUAAACCUUACUACACAUAAGAGAAUUCAUACUGGAGAGAAACCCUACAAAUGUGAAGAAUGUGGCAAAGCCUUUAACCAGUCCUCAGCCCUUACUCGACAUAAGAUGAUUCACACUGGAGAGAAACCCUACAAAUGUGAAGAGUGUGGAAAAGCCUUUAACCGGUCUUCACACCUUACUAAACAUAAGAGAAUUCAUACUAGAGAGAAGGCCUACAAAUGUGAUGAAUAUUGCAAAGCCUUUAACUGGUCUUCAGCUCUUAAUACCCUUACUCAACAUAAGAUAAUUCAUACUAGAGAGAAACCCUACAAAUGCGAAGAGUGUGGCAAAGCCUUUAACCAGUCUUCAUACCUUAUUCGACAUAAGAUAAUUCAUACUGGAGAGAAACCCUACAAAUGUGAAGAGUGUGGCAAAGCCUUUAAGCAGUCUUCAAACCUUACUCAACAUAAGAUAAUUCAUACUGGGGAGAAGCCCUACAAACGUGAAGAAUGUGGCAAAGCCUUUAACCGGUCUUCACACCUUACUCAACAUAAGAUAAUUCAUACUAGAGAGAAACCCUACAAAUGUGAAGAAUGUGGCAAACCUUUUAAUCGUUUCUCAUACCUUACCAUACAUAAGAGAAUUCAUGCUGGAGAGAACCCCAAUAAAUAUGAAGAAUGUGGCAAAGCUUGUAACCAUUCCUCAAACCUUACUAAGCAAAUUCAUAAUGGAGAAAAACCCUACAAAUGUAAAGAAUGUGUCAAAGCUUUUAACUGUUCCUCAAUCCUUAUGAAACAUAAGGGAAUUCAUAAAGAGAAACCCUACAAAUGUGAAGAAUGUAGCCUGGCUUUUAACAAAUCCUCAACAUUUAUUAAGCACAAAAUAAUUCAUGCUAGAGAGAAACCCUUGAAAUGUGAUGAAUGUGGCAUAGCCUCUACCCAGUUCUCAACUCUUACUAAACAGAGAACUCAUGUGGGAGAUAAAGCCUACAAAUAUGAAGAAUGUGACAAGGCCUUUAAAAGUUCUCAACCCUUAUUACACAUAAUUUAUACUGGACAGAUCCUAAAGUGUGAAGAAUGUCACAAAGCCCUUAACAAGUCCUCAAUUCUUAACAGAUGUAAGACGUUUCAUACUGGAGCAAAACUCUACAAUCCUGAAUGAUGUCACAGUGCUUUUAACAAUACCUCAAACUUUUCUAAACAUAAAAAAUAUUAUACUAGUGCAAAACUCUAGAAACAUAAAGAACAUGAAAAACUUUUAAAUGGUUUUCACACUUGAUUGCAGGUAAAAUAAUUUAUACUGGAGAAAACUCCAGGUGUGAAGAAUAUAACUUUUAACCAGUGUUGACAACUUAUUGUAUAGUAAAGCAUUUAUAGUUGAGAAAUGGGGUACAAACAUAAAGAAUGUGGAAAAGUCAUUAAUAUUUGCUCACAUAUUACGCAUCAGAGAGUUCAUACUUAAUAAAAGUACUAUAAAUACAAUUAUUGUCAAAUGAUCUUUCAGAAAUAUAAGGCUUUAAAGUGAAAAAGAGUUUAUUCUGAAGACAAACAUUACAAAUAUAAAGGGGGUUGUAGUGCUUUUACUUGUAUCACAGAUUUUAUUGUACACAUUUUGUACUAGAGAAUAACUGAAGCAGUUGCUAAAAUUUUGUUCAGCAUUAGGAAAUUUAUGUUGGAGAAGAAUUCAGCAAAUGUAAUGAAUUUGGAAAAACAUUUUUUCCAUAACUAUAGCUUAGAAAAUGCUAGAGAGCUCAUACUAAAAUACACUUUUGC